AAUUUGCUUAAUAAAUACAAUAAUAGUUGAUAAAUACUCCACUACCCCUUCUCGCAGCUCUUUAUUCCCAACUCUGAAAAUGCAGCGGCAGAAAUCGAUUCUCUCGUUCUUUCAGAAACCCUCGGCGGCGAGUGCAAACGCCGCCGGAGGAACGAAGAAGAAGGGCCAAGUGAUUUCUCAGUGUCCGGCGAAGCAACAGAAUGGAAGCGGCGGCGCCAUCGCGAAAGAGCUCAACGAUCAGAGUACCUCUGACUCGUCUGUGGAGGUUAGAGGAACGGACACUCCGCCGGAGAAGGUGCCACGUCAGGUUCUGCCGGCGACGUACUCGGGGGAUGGGGACAACGGAGGUUCACUAUUCUCGAGUAUCAUGCAUAAGUUCGUGAGGGUUGAUGAAAAGGCAAAUACAAGUCAGAAGAAGCAUGGGUGUGGAGGUACUUCAAAUGUUUGCUCGGUACCUCGUAAAUGUGGGGACGUCAAAGAUUUGUUGAAACAGGAUGUGGCUUCUCAUAAGCCUGAAGAAGGUAACCUUCUGAGUUUCAAGAAGACAGUUGAUCAAAGAUCUGUUUUAGAUAUUGAGAGCAAUGAUGAUAUUUUAGGGCCAGAAACACCGGUUACUUGUCUGAAGCGGCCCCUAGAGGAAAGUUCAAAGUUUAGGGAUGACAAAUCUCCUUUCCUUGAUUCCACUAAAAGGCUGAAACUUCUGUUGGAUCCUUUGGUUGAAAAGAACCGUGGGAAUGAAACAGAUACUACUAGCAAGUUUGAAUGGCUUGAGCCAUCUUGGAUCAAGGAUGCUAAAGGAAAAAGGCCUAGUGAUCCUCUUUACGACAAGAGGUCACUUUAUGUACCUCCUGAUGCUCUAAAGAAAAUGUCAGCGUCCCAGAAACAAUAUUGGACUAUUAAAUGCCAAUAUAUGGAUGUUGUGCUUUUCUUUAAAGUGGGCAAAUUCUAUGAACUCUAUGAACUAGAUGCUGAAAUUGGUCAUAAAGAACUUGAUUGGAAAAUGACCAUAAGCGGUGUGGGCAAAUGUCGUCAGGUUGGUAUUUCUGAAAGUGGAAUUGAUGAUGCUGUUCAGAAGCUAGUUGCUCGUGGCUACAAAGUUGGACGCAUAGAGCAGCUGGAGACAUCCCAGCAAGCAAAAGCUAGAGGCUCAAAUUCUGUCAUUCCUAGGAAGUUAGUUCAAGUAAUCACACCUUCAACCUCAGUUGAUGGCAACAUUGGGCCUGAUGCUGUUCAUCUUCUUGCCAUUAAGGAGGGAAGCUGUGGGGUGGGUAAUGGUUCAACUGUCUAUGGCUUUGCUUUCGUUGAUUGUGCUGCUUUAAAAUUUUGGGUUGGUUCCAUCAGUGAUGAUGCUUCUUGUGCUGCUCUGGGAGCUUUAUUGAUGCAAGUGUCACCUAAGGAAAUCAUAUAUGAAAGUAGAGGGCUGUCCAGAGAAGCCCAGAAAGCACUUAGAAAGUACUCACUAACAGGAUCAUCAGCAGUGCAAUUGACUCCUGCACUCUCAGUUACUGAUUUGUUGGAUCCAUCUGAAGUUAGAAAUAUGAUUCAGUCAAAAGGAUACUUUAAGGGGUCUUCUAGUUUGUGGAUUCAUGCUAUUGAUGGUGUUAUGCACCAGGAUGUUGCCUCAUGUGCCCUUGGUGGAUUAAUUGGUCAUCUAUCUAGGUUGAUGUUAGAUGACACUUUACGAAAUGGGGAUAUUUUACCAUACCACGUUUAUAGUGGUUGCCUCAGAAUGGAUGGACAGACAUUGGUAAAUCUUGAGAUUUUCAGUAAUAGUGCUGAUGGAGGCUUGUCAGGUACAUUGUACAAGUAUCUUGAUAGCUGUGUAACCUCAUCUGGCAAACGGCUUUUAAGGAGCUGGAUAUGCCAUCCACUGAAGGAUGUUGAUAGAAUUAACAGCAGGCUUGAUGUUGUUGAGGAUUUUAAGGGUCAUUCAGAAAUUAUGUCACUUAUUGCUCAAUAUCUUCGCAAACUUCCAGACUUAGAAAGGUUGCUUGGACGUAUUAAGGCUAGCAUUCAGUCAUCAGUUUCUCUCAUUCUACCAUUAGUUGGAAAGAAAGUAUUGAAGCAACGAGUGAAAGCAUUUGGGACCCUUGUGAAAGGUCUCAGGGUUGGAAUAGAUUUAUUAACAUUAUUACAGAAGGAAGAACAUAUAAUAACUCGAUUAUCAAAAGUUUUCAGACUUCCAAUGUUAAGUGGUAGCAAUGGGCUUGAUAAAUUUCUUGCUCAAUUUGAAGCAGCCAUAGAGAGUGACUUCCCCAAUUACCAGAAUCACGAAUUAGCAGAUACAGAUGCUGAAAGGCUUCCAAUACUGAUUGAAUUAUUUAUUGAGAAGGCGACUCAAUGGUCUGAAGUUAUUCAAGCCCUAAAUUGCAUUGAUGUAUUGAGAUCAUUUGCAGUGACUGCAAGUUUUUCAUCUGGGGAUAUGUCAAGACCUGUUAUCUUACCUCAAUCAAAAACCAUAACUUUGAACCAAAUGGCUAGAGGACCAAUACUUAAAAUUAAAGGACUUUGGCAUCCAUUUGCACUAGGGGAGAAUGGGGGGCUGCCUGUCCCAAAUGACAUUUUCCUUGGCGAGGGUGAGGAUGCUGAUGGGUAUCAUGCUCGUACUUUGUUAUUGACUGGUCCAAAUAUGGGUGGAAAAUCAACUCUUCUGCGUGCUACAUGUUUAGCUGUUAUUCUCGCCCAGUUGGGGUGUUAUGUGCCCUGUGAAAUGUGUAUUAUCUCACUGGUGGAUAUAAUCUUCACAAGGCUUGGUGCUGUUGAUAGAAUCAUGACCGGGGAGAGUACCUUCCUCAUUGAGUGCUCAGAAACUGCAUCAGUUCUUCAAAAUGCCACUCAAGAUUCACUUGUUCUUCUUGAUGAACUAGGCCGAGGAACAAGCACUUUUGAUGGAUAUGCUAUUGCAUAUGCUGUGUUCCGUCAUCUUAUUGAAAAGGUCAACUGCCGGUUACUAUUUGCCACACAUUAUCACCCACUCACAAAGGAAUUUGCAUCUCAUCCACAUGUUAUACUGCAACACAUGGCCUGCACUUUCAAAUCAGAAUCUGAAAGUUCUAAAGGUGAGCCGGAGCUAGUUUUUCUAUAUCGGCUUGCUCCUGGUGCUUGUCCAGAGAGUUAUGGUCUGCAGGUGGCAGUCAUGGCUGGGAUCCCAGAACAGGUAGUUAAAACUGCUUCAAGGGCUGGACAAACCAUGAAAAGAUCAAUAGCAGAAAGCUUCAGGUCAAGUGAACAGAGAUCAGAGUUCUCAACUCUCCAUGAAGAGUGGUUGAAGACCCUUGUAAAUGUCACGCGGAAUGGAAACCGUAAUUUCCGUGAUGAAGAUGCUUACGACACAUUAUUUUGUUUGUGGCAUGAACUUAAAAGUUCAUACAGACAGUGCAACUGAAGACGAAAGCUGGGAUCUGAGUGGUUGCAUUGUAAGAAUCUAGUCGCCAUAUGUCUGUAGAGAAACAUAUCGCCAUUUCCCUUUUCUUCCCAGCUGGCAUCAAUGUGUAUUUUACCAAAAUUUGUCUCUUCGGUAUAUUUGAUGCUACUAAGAUCUUUUUACACUAGACUCAACGCUCAAACUUGUUCUUGAAGCUUAUUGAGACACUAGCUUGAGUUGAUUUGUGAUAUUCACCAAAAUUAUGACUUAU